UCGCCAGCUGAUGUGGUAGUACGGUAUAUUUCAAAUGAUCAGUUGUUUCGAAUGUGUUGUUGCCAGCAACCUUUAAAAAUUCGUAAUUUUUCUCAUAUACUGUCCGUUGUUUAUAAAGCAGUGCCGUCUUACAGUUCAUCAGUAGCGAGCUCUUGUUUUGCUUGAAAUAGUAAGGAUCAUGAAGAUAUUGAUAUUGUACAUCACUCUUUGUACUGCUUUGUCGAGCGUGAAUGCACUGACUCCUCAAAUAUUAAUGUCUAUUAAUGAAGGCGUAAAUCGCCGUCAACAUGUCCCAGUGAACCCCGACGAAAACCUUAUCACGGCAGUCUGUAAGACGAACCUGGAAAUGGUUGAGACAAACGCUACAACGACUGUAUUAUCUGCUGACACCUCACCCACAAACUCCAUUGUAGAUAUCUAUCGAAAAUGCAAGGUAUCGGGCACAAGAUAUUGUCGACUACGAUUGCUACAGCCGGAGAGACGAUAUCUAAUCUCUCGUGAGAUAGAUUGGACAAAAAAUUAUAGCGUUAUUGCGACAAAAUAUCAGAGCAUUCCUGUGGAUUGCCACGAAAAUGAUGUUUCGAAUUAUGCAAAGAUUAUAUUUCAAGAUCAUUUUGAAACAAACUCUACGAAACAUGUCUCCCUUUACUCCAUCUCACAAUGUGAAGAAGACGAAGAGCAUGGUUAUGGGUUUUACGUGACUAUGUGCAUAUUCGGAUUCUUAACGAUUCUCGUUGUUAUUGGCACUCUCCUGGAUUUAUGUACUGGAUUCCAUCAAAACAAAACGCAAUACAUAGAAGGAAAACGGAAGAAACAAACAUCGGUUCCAGGUUGGAGAUCCCUGUUCGCCAAUCGGGGGACAAAGUUGGAAGAUUCAGCAAAGCAAAGCGUUCCACGCAUCAUAAUUUCGGACCCCGCAAAAACAGCAAAUGUAGUUCGACGUGAUUCGUUAGAUUCGAUUCUUUCAACUGAUUGUGGUGGGCCACAAAUAGCACCUAUCAAUAUGCCUUCUCUCAGUUCCAUUCGUAGCGAGAACUCGAUUUCCCGUGGAAGUGCAAAAAUUUCAGUUCAUCGGUCACCAUCUCCACGACAUAAUUUACUCAGGGCAUCAAGUUUAGCAAAUACAGGUACUUCUGUUAAGUCUCAAUCAUUCACUGACAUAUCUGGAGUUUCAGCCAGUUUUGGAUCCGUUCACGAAACUCUUAAUUUUUCAAAUCCUUCCGUAUUUGUGUCGCCGCUAGAACAGAUGUCUCAAUCUGACCAAGAUAUCGGGAGCACGUCCGGAGAUUCAAUACAAAUUUCAGAAAAUAGCUUCACUAAGAAGGGCUAUGCUUCUUCUGUGGAGCCAACGAAGAACACAAAUUUAUUCCUUGACGCUGUGAUGAAGUCGUCUGCGUCGCAAGGUAUCAGAGGUCAUGAAUAUGAUGAUUCAUCGAUGUUCAUAUGUUCAAUACAGACAAUUGCAGUGUGGUGGUAUCUUCUUUAUCUUACGGCCAUAUUCUUCGGGACCUCAGAAUUAUUAGAUAACCCUGAUGACUUCAAAAAUCGCAUCCUAGACACAGGUUUUCAAUUUGUUAUGAACGGCAGUAUGCAUAUAUACACUGUUUUAUUCACAAGUGCGAUGUUGCUCGGAUAUUCUGCAAUUCAGAGAUUGAAAAACACGAAAACUUUGACAGAAGGAAUGGUGAAUGCAUUGGCAAUGAUUUGUACAAAAUAUUGUGAACAAUUUCCAUUCUAUAUCCUUGUUAUCCUCUUGUGGACAUACGUCAUCCCAGGUAUAGCUUCAGGACCAAUGUGGAAUUUGCUUGGUGAUGGCAGUUGUAUUGCUUUUUGGUGGACAAAUGUAAUUUAUAUUAACAAUUUUUAUCCGGAAAAGUCUGUACUACAGUGUAUGCCUUGGACCUGGUUUAUAGCUUCAGAAAUGCAAAUGUUCAUAUUCGGUUCGAUAUUGGUGUUGCUAUUCUGCAAGUGUAAACGUUUGGCAGUUUUCAUAACAUUUGUGUCCGUUGUACUGGUAAACUCAAUAUGCGCAUAUAUUGCCUACAAACGUAGUUUGGACCUUACGCCGUUAGCCGAACUACAUAAAGAAUUGAGAAACACCUCGAUGGAAUCACACGGCGGCUGGAAAAACGAAGUCUUUGAUUCACUUUUCAACAAACCAUAUUUCUAUUGGAGUUUGUAUGCGGUGGGAAUAAUAAUAGGAGCAACAAUCAGACACAGAACAACUUUUCGCAAAAUGACAUUGAUUUGUACCUUACUCUUGUAUAUUGUAUCCAUUCCAUGCCACUUUGCAACUAUGCAUUACGUUGUUGUUAUAAAGAAAAAUUUGACGGAAAAAUGGAAUCCUUUAUUUAUAAAUCUUGUUCCCAAAAUUUGGAUUCUUUUUCUGGUUCCGACUUUGAUAUACUUCCGAUAUUCAAGAAUAAAAGGUCCGAUCAAUAAACUACUUUGCUCAUCCUGUUGGGGUAAUUUAAGUCAACUGAAUAUCCCCGUACUUGUUGUCAAUCCAAUAAUUCUCCAUAUGCUAUUCUUCUCAGCUGAUUUUGCUAUACAUUUCAAUUUAAUGAAUCUCAUUGUCUACUUUCUCGCAACCCUAGCACUGACCUAUCUAUUAGUCGCUGUGUUGCUAAUAUUCGGCCAUUAUCCCCUGUAUUUUAUACUGAGACUUGCCUACUUAUAUGUCAUGCCACAGUCUACGGAUAAACACGCAGAAACUACAAGCAAAGAAGAUGAGUCUUUUCUUAUUAAUGUAAAUGACAGAGGAAAGAAUAGGAAAAGAAAAAAGUCGCGACAAAGACUUGGUCCCAGAUCUUUACUUGAUUUUAAACGCUCGUCUUUCUCUUCUCGUUCGUACCAACGAUCUUUCGAAUCGCUGUUUACUCAUGUUGUUCGUGCGUGAUUCUCUUAUUAAUGUAUUAGCAGGCUUGUCCAUGGGGAAUAUUUUUCUGUCCCAUCCCAUAGCAAUUAUGCCUGUCCCAUCCCAUUCCAUGGGAUUCCCAGUGGAAUGAAAUUCAAUAAAAAAUGGUAAAUUUAGGUUAAACGUCUACUAAAUGGGACUACAUGUACAAAGGGACACGCAACACAACAAAAUUUACCGACUUUGUAUUCGUAACUUUUAUGCAUGUUUCCAUCAGCCCCUUCACGAAGUAUAUGUUAAGGUUGAAUAUAUUUUGCUCUGUAUAACCAACAAGAGGGCUAUGCUCAAAUAUAUGGACACGAAGUUAUUACGAAAAGUUUUACCAUCAUUUCCGUGAAAAUCGUACGGUUUCCGUGUCCCAUGGGAAAUACAAAUGUGUCUCAUCCCAUGGGACGUUUCCCAUGGACAAGCCUUAUGUUCAGUGGUACGAGUUUCAAGUCUCAGGUCCCCCAAUUGUGAAAUAUUAAAUUCAUUCAGAGAAGUAUUUACUUUAUGUAUAUAUAUAAAUGAUAAUUUGUGCAUCAACAUUUGUUUUGAGAACUUGCCGACAGACAAUACUGGAAUUAUAUUUUCACUACGUCG